AUGUUAUCUCUUCCACAUAUAAUAUUAAAGAAUAUCAUUAAUAAUAUAGAGGACAACUCUGAUAGGAUUUGUUUUGUUCUGUCGUGCAAGACUCUGUUUUCACAUAGAGACAAAUAUCUGAUAUUCUCUGUGGACACUGCCAAUGUCUAUCACUCCAAAGAGUACUACCACCAACAUAAAUACAGUCUACAUUCAUUCUCUGAACAAAUCAUACAGUCUCUUAACCUGAGUGCACCAUCUUUAUCGCAACUCUCUAUCAUACUGGGCAAAGACAAUGAACAACCAACAAACUUUAUUGUAAAUUCUUUAGAUCCAUCAACUGGAAAGAUACCAAAUAUUCCAAGAGAUGUUUUAAAUCUUACUUUUGGUGCAAAGUUUAAUUAUUAUAUUCCACCACGUACCAUUCCAGAAUCGUUGGUUUCACUACAGUUUGGAUUUACAUUCAAUCAAGAUAUCACAGGAACUCUACCCAGUAGCAUUACUAAUCUGACGUUUGGAUGGUAUUUCGAUUGUGAAUUACAACCUCAUACACUGCCUUCGAAUCUAAAGAAUCUGACGUUUGGUUUUCACUUUAAUCGGUUUUUGGUAACUCUUUCAAUCAGGAGAUCAAAGCCAAUGUGUUGCCACAGAAGUUGA